UCAUCAGAACCUGGUGUCUGGGAUGCUUCUAUUUUUAUACUCAGUCCUCUCUUUGUAUCACCUAAAUACAAAGGCGGAAAACACUCUUUGCCAAAUGAUAGGCAACCCAAAGUAUCCACUGCUUUCCAAAGAUGGAGAUAUCACAAUCGGUGCACUUUUUGUAAUCCAUUCUGAAGUAUCACUACCUUCAUUUGCGUUCACACAAAAGCCUAAUCUUCUAUCAUGCUCCAGUCUAAAUAUUAAAGAUUUCAGGUUAGCUCAAACCAUGAUCUUUGCCAUUGAAGAAAUUAACAAAAAUACAAAUUUACUCCCAAAUAUUUCUGUUGGCUAUCAAAUUUAUGACACCUGUGGUUCCCGAUUCCAUUCUAUGAGUGCAACUAUGGCAUUAAUGAAUGGUCCAAAGAAUUCAGAAGGAUACACAUGCAAUGAGCAGUCGUCUGUACAUGCUAUCGUAGGAGAAACUGAAUCCUCCAACACAAUAAUUCUGUCCAGAACCACAGGUCCUUUCAAAAUUCCAGUGAUAAGUCCCACAGCCACGUGUGAGUGUCUCAGUAAUAGGAAAGAAUUUCCAUCUUUUUUCAGAACUAUUGCAAGUGAUUACCACCAGAGCAGAGCACUUGCAUACAUAGUAAAGCAUUUUGGCUGGACGUGGGUGGGAGCUGUGAACAGUGACAAUGACUAUGGAAAUAAUGGAAUGGCCACAUUUCAGAAAACAGCCAAAGAAGUGCAGAUUUGUGUGGAGUACUCUGUAAAAUUUAUUAGAACAGAGACUGAAAAAAUUAGAAAUGUGGUAAAUGUUAUAAAAAAGGGCACAGCUAAAGUAAUUGUUGCAUUUCUCACUGGUUUUGAGAUGAAAAGUCUACUCGAACAGCUAAGUAGUCAGAACAUUACAGGCCUUCAAAUGAUUGGUGUGGAGGCAUGGAUAACUUCAAAGACUUUAAUAACGUCAAAAAGUUUUCAUGUGCUAGGAGGGUCACUGGGGUUUGCAGUGAGAAAAAUCCAAAUUGAAGGGUUUGCAGAUUAUGUUAUGAAAGCAUUCUGGGACACAGCUUUUCAAAGCUUUUCUAAUGCUGAUUUAAAUUACAGUCAAUAUCAGGAUCUACUUUUAGUAAAAAACUACAAUGAAGAUGUGCUAGAGCAAAGAUUUGUGAGCUACGUCUACAAAGCAGUUUAUGCUUUGGCUCAUUCACUACACAGUCUACUCAGAUGUACAGAACAAGGAGGUUGUGGGAAGGCCCUGACAAUACAGCCACAUCAGUUGGUCGAGGCUCUAAGAAAGGUGAAUUUCACCGUAAAGAUGGGCGAUCAGGUGUGGUUUGACAGCACAGGUGGUGUAAUAGCACAAUAUGAUGUAGUGAACUGGCAGCAGAAUUCUGAUGGUUCAGUUCAGUUUCAAUCAGUGGGAUACUAUGAUGCAUCACUGUCCCCUGACCAGCGCUUCAUGCUCAACACUGAAAAAAUAGUCUGGGCAGGAGGACAACUGGAGAAGCCAAGGUCUGUGUGCAGUGAGAGCUGUCCUCCAGGCACCAGGAAGGCUUCACAGAAAGGAAGACCUGUCUGCUGUCAUGACUGUAUUCCAUGUGCAGAUGGAGAAAUCAGUAAUGAGACAGAUUCAAAUAACUGCAAGCAGUGCCCUGGGGAAUACUGGUCUAAUGCUAACAAAAAUAAAUGUGUUACAAAAGCUGUAGAGUUUUUGUCAUUCACAGAAGUUAUGGGUAUAAUUUUAGUCUUUUUCUCACUGUUUGGAGCAGGAUUAACUGUGCUGGUGGCUAUUCUCUUUUACAGCAAGAAGGACACUCCCAUAGUAAAAGCCAACAACUCAGAGCUAAGCUUCCUCCUGCUCUUCUCACUGACUCUGUGUUUCCUCUGUUCAAUUCCUUUUAUUGGUAGGCCCACUCAGUGGUCCUGUAUGUUGCGUCACACUGCAUUUGGAAUCACUUUUGUCCUCUGUAUAUCCUGUAUUCUAGGGAAAACAAUAGUGGUGUUGAUGGCCUUCAAAGCUACGCUACCAGGAAGUAAUAUCAUGAAAUGGUUUGGUCCUGUACAACAACGACUCAGUGUUCUUGCUUUUACACUUAUACAGGGUCUGAUUUGUGUGAUUUGGCUUACAAAGUCUCCUCCAUUUCCAUACAAAAAUAUGAAAUAUUUUCAAGAACAGAUCAUUCUUGAAUGCAGUGUGGGUUCCACUAUUGGGUUUUGGGCUGUUCUAGGUUAUAUUGGCCUACUAGCUGUGUUGUGCUUCAUUCUGGCUUUUCUGGCUCGCACACUACCUGAUAACUUCAAUGAGGCCAAAUUCAUCACAUUCAGUAUGCUUAUAUUCUGUGCUGUAUGGAUCACAUUUAUUCCAGCUUAUGUCAGUUCUCCUGGAAAAUUGACAGUAGCUGUGGAGAUAUUUGCCAUUUUAGCCUCAAGCUUUGGUUUACUUUUUUGUAUAUUUGCACCUAAAUGUUAUAUUAUUCUGCUUCAGCCUGAACAAAAUACAAAGCAACAGAUGAUGGCAAAAACACCAUCUAAAAUUUAAUAUUGUAUUAUGUAUAUAUUUGGCAACAAUGGUAAAAAGCGAUUCGUAAUAAUAAAAAAAAGGCUUGUGAAAGCUAAAAUACA